CUUACUGAAUCUCAUACUGGAAAACUGGGUGGUAAUAUUAAUACGAAAUACUAUAUAGCUUCUGAGUAAAUUGAUUUAAGGAGGCAGAGCCUUCGAGACACUAAAAUAGGGUCAUUUUGGUCAGGAAAAGGGUUUAGCAAGGGCUUUUGCCUUAAAAAUUAACAGGGCACCCUAGGAUGUUCUCUGCGAAACUUGAAAUACCUCAGCACAAUAAGAGGUCUUGUCUCUGCCCUUAGUAUAAAGAUUAUCUUUAGGAUAAAAGUAUAUUCACAGAAUAAAGUAGCCUACUGAGUUGUUCUUUUUUCCCUGAUCUGUGCUGCUUUCAAAACUGAAGGGAAAAAAUUAAAGAAUGGAAGUUUUUAUCCCUUGUUAGGAUGCUAGGGGUUGAACAGAACUCCCAUGAUCCCAGAAGAGAAAGGCAAAGCAAAACAAAACAAAUCAACCACCAUUACUACAGCACCAGUUCUGAAAACAGCACACAAAGGAAAGAGGAGAAUCUAAGCUUUCUCAUGGGGACCAUGCUGGCAUGAUGCAAUCAAAGUUGGAGCAGGCAGAGCCUGUUUCAAGCAGCAUUUUUCUCUCAUGCAGAAAACCUCCAAUUCCUACGAUAUGUUCAUGAGGGGAGAAGAGAUUUUGUCUGGGGCACAGCGAAUUCAUGAUCCACAGCUGUUGACUGAAAGAGCCUUACAUCAUGGCAUUGAUUUAGAGAAGAUUAAGUCUUAUAUUGAUUCAUUUCGUUUUGGUGCACCUCCCCAUGCUGGUGGCGGCAUAGGCUUGGAAAGAGUCACCAUGCUAUAUCUUGGGUUGAGCAAUGUCCGGCAAACGUCCAUGUUUCCUCGUGACCCCAAGCGUCUCACACCUUAAGAAGACUACAGUGUCAAAUUUUAAAGAUUUAAUGUUGCUUCCAAUAAUCCAGCAUAAAUCAAUAUGCAGUGGGAGGAUAUCUCAUCUACUCAAGUGCCACAGUAACAAUCGUUCAACUCAUUACUAAUACUUAAAUUCAGCUAUUUUAACAGAUCUAGAGUGAUACAGAAAAUGUCCUAACUUUUUAAGAAAAUAAUAAAGUUAAGGUACUAUUACCGUGUAUCUAAGCAAAUUUCUAAAAAACCUUCAGUUUUAAUAAAAUUCAUAGUUUUGCAAUAAAGAAAUUGUUUCAACACUUUAAGCAAAGUAAUAAAAUCUCAAAUUAGAUUUUUGUCAAGAAUAAUGCAAAGUGGAAAGUAAGUUGGACAAGAUUUUCUUGAGAAGCACCUGGAAAUAAUGGAGAGUUUGAUCUUGCUAAAAUGUAAAAGGUUGCAAUAAAACUAUUCUACGCAUCAU